UUCAGAUGCAAAGACACAUGAAAAAAUCUUUAUUGGACAUCAUCUGAAAGAACAUCAGAGAAUACUUACUGGUGACAAAAUACAUACUUGUAUAGUAUGUAGUAAAAUAUUUAUAAGUGAAAGUCUCCUAAGGAGUCACCAGAAAAUGCACACCGAGGAGAAGCCAUACAGUUGUGAUGUAUGUGGCAAAGGAUUUGCAUAUAAAAGUAACUUAAAAAGUCAUGAGAAGAUACACACUGGAGAGAAGCCGUACAGUUGUGAUGUAUGUGGCAAAGGAUUUUUAAAUUACAGUCGUGUAAAAAUCCACGAGAAGAUACACACUGAGCAGAAACCAUACCACUGUGUUGUAUGUGGCAAAGAAUUUGUGACUAAAAAUUACUUAAAGAUUCAUGAUAAGAUACACACUGGGGAGAAACCAUGCAGUUGUGUAGUGUGUGGUAAAAAGUUUAUAAGUGAAAGUUACCUAAGAAGUCAUGAGAAGAUACAUACUGGGGAGAAACCUUAUAGUUGUGCAGUAUGUGGUAAAGGAUUUGCGCAUAAAAGUAACUUAAAGCAUCAUGAGCAUAUACACACUGGAGAUAAGCCAUACAGUUGUGCAGUAUGUGGAAAAGGAUUAAGUAAAAAUGGUCUUAAAAUUCAUGAGAAGACUCACACUGGUGAGAAGCCAUACAGUUGUUUACUAUGUGGUAAACAGUUUGUAAGUAAAAAUAACCUCAAGAAACAUAACCGGAUACAUACUGGUGAGAAACCUAACCGUUGUGUUGUAUGUGGUAAAGAAUUUUUAAGUAAAAGUAACAUGAAAAUUCAUGAGAAGAUACAUACUGGGGUGAAGCCAUACAGUUGUGUAUUAUGUGGCAAGGAAUUCUCAAGUAAAACUGGUCAAACAAUUCAUGAGAAGAUACACACUGGGGAAAAACCUUACAGAUGUGUAGUAUGUUGUAAACAAUUUGUAUGUAAAAGUAAGUUAAAGAGUCAUGAGCAGAUACACACUGGGGAAAAGCCAUACAGUUGUGUAGUAUGUGGUAAACAGUUUGUAUGUACAAGUAACUUAAAUAUUCAUGAGAAGAUGCAUACUGGAGAGAAGCCAUUCAGUUGUGUAGUAUGUGGUAAACAAUUUGUGUGUAAUAGUAACUUAAAGACUCAUGAGCGGAUACACAGUGGUGAGAAGCCAUACAGUUGUGUAGUAUGUGGUAAACAAUUUGUAAGUAAAAGUAACUUAAAGCAUCAUGAGAAGAUACACACUGGGGAGAAGCCUUACAGUUGUAUUGUAUGUGGCAAAGAUUUUUCAAGCAAAAAUAGUCAAACAAAUCAUGAAAAGAUACACACUGGAGAAAAGCCAUACAGUUGUGUUGUAUGUGGUAAACAAUUUGUAUGUAAAAGUUAUUUAAAUGCUCAUGAGAAGAUACAUUCCGGUGAGAAAUCAUACGGUUGUGUUAUGUGUGGUAAACAAUUUGUAAGUAAAAGUAACCAAAAGAGACAUGAGAAGAUGCACACUAGGAAAUCUUAAAGCAGGGUGAUUAAAUCAAUUACCUAUGAACAGGAAUUUCAUCAAUUAAUGUCACAAAGUAACUGAUUAAUUGAAAUUAUUGUUACAUCAAUUAAUACCAGGAAAAUAAUCAACUACCCCAAACUAGAAUUUCCAGUGAUUACUGUUUUUGAUUACUCCAACUAGCUUUUUUCUUUUCUUACUUCAGGUAUAAGGAUUGAUCCAUCAGUUUGGGUGCUCUAGGUAUAAGGCUUGAUCCAUCGGUUUGGGUGCUCCAGGUAUAAGGCUUGAUCCAUCAGUUUGGGUGCUCCAGGUAUAAGGCUUGAUCCAUCAGUUUGGGUGCUCCAGGUAUAAGGCUUGAUUCAUCAGUUUGGGUGCUCCAGGUAUAAGACUUGAUCCAUCGGUUUGGGUGCUCCAGGUAUAAGACUUGAUCCAUCGGUUUGGGUGCUCCAGGUUUAAGGCUUGAUCCAUCGGUUUGGGUGCUCCAGGUUUAAGGCUUGAUCCAUCAGUUUGGGUGCUCCAAGUAUAAGGCUUUAUCCAUUGGUUUUGGGUGCUCCAGGUAUAAGGCUUGAUCCAUUGGUUCAACAGAUCUUCUUGUGUCUGUGGUUGUAAAAUGAUUGAAGUCAAACCUUUGUGGUGUGGGAAAAAGGCCUAUUUCCAGGAGAGGACUUCUCCUAGACUUGACAUCUCACUCAUACAACUAAAUCUCUUUGGAAACUAACUCUCUCUCUCUUGGUCUUGAGUACUUUUAGAUCCAGAAUAAACUAUUCUAUUCAUUAAAUCAUUCUUAUAAACUCAUUUAAUACACUAGGUAAAGCGAGGGCCAGCACACAUGUUAACAAUUACUCCAAUAAAUCCUGUGGUCAUGGCAGCAAAAUUUCUUCUACUUGCACACUUGUAUUCUUUAGAGAACUAAUUGCCAUGCAACUAUGAGAUAUUUACUUAAAAACCACAAGAUUGAGCAGAAAAUUUAUGAAUCAACACUGACUGAGUUUGAACCCUAUGCAUUAACAUGGUUGCUUCUAUGAAAUCAUGGUAUAGCUUUGCAGCUUUUCUACUUUCAGGGUUGACUUUUGUAGAACUAAAAUGAAGUAAAAACCAGGUGGAAAUGAUAGAGAAUAAAUGCUUCAAUUAUGCAAGAAAGUUUAUAGCCUUUCUCUUGUGAUGGCAUUACCAUGUGACUGGUCAUUUUGUUACAGGUUUUAUUGGCUGUGACAUACAGAUAUAAUCUACUUUGCCAGCAAAGGAUGUUGCAGUGUUUUUUUUCUUUUAAUAUGGAUGUACCACAACAUACUUUCUGGCAAAGUAAUUAAUAUAUGUUAUAGAGAACAAAGUCAACCUCUGUGAGUUUCUAGACCACGGUGAUACCAAAACUGCAUAAAACAGAAUAAAUGAAACAUUUAAAUAAUUUCUAUGAUAAUAAAAGCAGUUAGAAAUGGAAAGAUAUAUCCUGCAUAUCAAAGCUAGUCCUAAGAUGUAUUUUUCCUUUAUCCUGAUAAUGUGUUUAUUCUCAAAAUAAUUUGAAGAUAUGCUUAACUCAUUUAAAUAUGUUAAGUAGACCUGAGUGGAGUCAAGCAGCUCGUGAACACACCUACAUCUGAGGUCUUCACCCUGUGCUGUAUGCUAAACAUGAGGAUAAGCUGAUUCUCAACUCAUUUGAAUGUUUCAAUUGGAACUGACUAAACUCGCAUCUGGAGAUUAUUUCCAGGUAAUCCCAAACUUCAAAAACUCAACACCAAAUGUUUAUUACAGUUAUCACACUGUGUCAUAAAAUAUUUUGAGUAUGGAACCAGCAGGUCACUAUAAUACACAACAAUUAUUCAAGCAAAGUAUGUUUUUGUUAAUUUUUUACAGAAAAUUUUAUUAAAUUAAUAUUAUUAAAUUUACAACUUUUUAUCAUUUUGUGUAUUUAAAAAAGAAGAAACAAGCAGACUUUAUGCUAUUGUGUUAUUUACGUAAGAUACAUGUUGUGCAGGAGCAAGUUUUAGCAAAUGAUGUUAAUGUUUGAAAGAACAGUCAUAAAAUAAAAAUAGUAUUCAACAGUUGACAAAUGUGCAACUGAGCAUCUGUCCAGUGAUUUAUAUGAGGUCAUCUGAUGAAAGUACAUUAUAACAAUGUUUUCUUUAAAUUGUGAUAACAGGUGAGCUGAUUAUACAAUCAAUAAACAGUUUUUACAACAUUCCAAUUUAACAUUACAGAUGAUACAUACAGCAUAACGUUCGUAGACUCUGCACUAUACUAUGUAUAGUAAAGAAGUAAGGCUAGUUCUGAGAUUCGUUCUGUAUCUCAAAAUGCCUAUUUCUGAAAAGUUAACUGUUUUUGUUGUGUAAUUAUCAUUCAGAGAUCUAAAAUAUCUUUGUCACAUGGAAUACACCAAAUAGUGCAAAUUUUCUUGUACUGUUGAAGGUAUUCCUGAUCUACCAAGUUCAGGUAAUUUUGUGUACUACAAAGGUGUACAAUUAGUUACAUAGAAACUGGCUGGGGUGAACUUUCAUUCCUGAUGUGAGAUUUUGUAAUGAUUGUUACCUCAUUAUUAGUUAGCCCAUUUAGCAUCCAUAUCAGCUGUUUCAAUAGGGGUGUUCAUCACUGAGUGGAGAUCGAAGUAAGCCACAAAGUGGGGUAUCUUCUGAGGUCACGUGACCUGUGACAUCAGAGUGGUGCUAGAGGGAUAUUCUAAAUUAUACUACUAGAGGUGAGGGAUAGUUCCAAAAUGUAUCACUAAGGUAGCGAGAUAAUCUGUAAGCUAUUGUUUGGAGAAAUAUUUGGUUCCAUAGUUUGUGAACAAACCACCAGAGGGUACUGUUUGUCAUGUCUAAUGUCAAGUGGUAGGGAGGGUGCUGCAAUAGCUGGACUCAAUGUAUGAUUAUGUCAUAAUGAACUUUAUUUUGACCUUUCUGUACAAGGACCCAUCUUAUUCCACAUUAUAACAUUCAAACAUUCAUCAUGACACCCUUCAACUAUAAAUACUGGGCUCCAUUCCACACUAUUCAAUUUAAUCAUCACUCCAUGUAACAGUAUUAAAUUAACUUUAUUUCUUCCUUUAUCUACAGACUACUUUCACAAUUAUCAAUUUCACAUUCAAAUUCAACAGAGAUUACUUAAGGUACUUUGCCUAUGUACAAUUAAACUUGUACAAUUUCAUGACCAAUCAAUCCAUUUACUGAAUAUACAUGAUAAAUAACUGAUACAAAUACUUCACUAAAACUAAAUACUUUGCUGAAUGACUGGCAUCUACAAACAAAAUACUGAUUGAGUACUUCACUGAUUUUCAUAAUUUAUAGUGGAGCCUUGUUUGUAGACACCUUGCAAAGUUUAUCUAAUAAAUAUUGAAAAAUAUUAUUGGUAUUUUGGGAUUACUUGUAUAAACUUACUUGAUCUUAACAUCAUGUGUCCUCCAGCUAACAUCUAAAUCAAAACAUCUGAAACAUAGCUCACAACACUGCCCCCUUCCUGGAUUGUGAAGUCCCUUGAAUUGUCUUAAUACAAAAUUAAAACAUAUCACUAAGCUGUCCAUUCAUCAAGUUGUUUUUUUUUUUGUUUUCUCUUCCAAGGCCCAUAGUAUGCAAAUAGAGUAGUCUCUUUUUCCCAUCUUUCCAUUGGCUGUCUUGUUUAUGGAGUAGUACUUUCUAGGUAAGUAGUUGAGUGAAUUCACUGAUGGCUCUAUCUUUGUUGAUCCUUUGGAAGUGGUCCCAACAGGAAACCUGGGCUGCUUAGUAGGUUAAAUUUUCAAGGACCAAUUCUUCUCUGGGGUGACUCAUUUGGCCAUUAUUUCACCAUUUUACUUCCCUAGAUGAUAGGUGUGGAUGACAUGACUUAAAUUGCUUACCCUUCUGGAUUCUAUAAACCAAGUCUGAUUCUUUUUGGUACGACAUAUGGCUCCUAUCAACACUUGCUUAACUUUUGAGUCUGACCUUUUAUGCUUUGGGAAUUGAGCAGCUAUACCACAUCACCUUAAUGAAAUCUCAUCAGCAUUGAUAUCAUAGUGAUUUUUAAUUUUAUCACCAGCUGAUUUAAGUCUGUCCUAAGUAAUUUCAUGUAUGACAUCAAUUGUGUGACUUAAUUUCUUUACAUAAACUGUGAAAAACUGAGUGAUUGUUUUCCAAAUGAGAAUACAAAAAGUCCAACGCCACUUUAAAAAUGAUAGUGUGUUAAUAAUUUCUGUAACUACUUGAGUAGCGAAUGGGUUUAUGAUAGUAAAGCAUUGAGUUAAGUGUGCAGUUUCUUCAUCGAUGUUUUCUGUGGUGCAUUUGGUGUAUGCUGUAUUUAGGAGGCUUUUUAGAGUGCCUAGAUUCUGUGGGGUUACAUGAUUAGAAAACCAGUUUAUGCAAUUUCCGCUGUUCGUAUUUUUUCUAUGAAUUUUAAUGGUGAACCGAUGGGGGUUCAUGUGAUGUUAACGUUUAAAACAUUUAUUGUGUAGUUUUCAUUUUCCACUGUGAAUUGUAUGUUUUUAUGUGCCGACCAGUGUCAUGGCGGUAUGUCUGCGGACUUACAACGCGAAAACCGGGCCUCGAUACCAGUGGUGGGCAUUUCACAGAUAGCCCGAUGUGUAGCUUUGUGCUUAACUACAAAGAAACGAUGUCUUUAUGUAGGUUGUUUAUGUGUUGAAGAAAUUUUAUUUGCUCAUCUUGACAAGUAAAGCCGCAAAAAAAAAGAAAAAAAAGCAUCAUCUGCAUAUCUAUGCCAAAAUGCAGGCGUAUGUGAAUAAAAGACUGUAUCAUGGUGUUCUAUGUGAUGUGAGAAUAGAGUAGCAAAAAUAGCUGACAAUGGAUUUCCCAUGGCAAGUCCGUGUAACUGAAGGAAGUAUGAAUCUUUGUAUUGAAAGCAAAUAAACAUGGUUAGCUGUAACAGUUAAA